AUGGCGAUAAGGGCCGCGGCUUCCGCGUCGCAACGACGAGCGCCGGACCACGCCGCGGCGGCGGGACGAAUGGAGCAACUCCAGGCGGCCACAGCAGGAGCAGCAGAGACGGAGGAGAACAUUUCGACGAUGAUAAGGCGGAUUCGUCACGCUAAGGGAACGCAGGCUGCAACUACUUGCACAACUAUGAAAGCUGCUGCUGCUACUCCAGGUGCUGUUGCUUCAGUCGCGGAGACCACUAGGGUUGAAGAGAAUGCAGCGUUCAGAAGUUGGGUUCUAGAAACCCCCGCGUUCAAGAGUCCCAAUGUUGCGAUGUCGGCGGAGUGGAAUGACGAGCUCGGAUACAAUAAUAUGGGUGUUGGUACACCCCGCGCGAGACCUGCUGGAGCUACUGAUAACGCGUACACGCACAAACGAUCCUGGCGUGUGCAAAGCGAAGAUGUGAUGGAAGGUGUUUCGUGCAACCCUUCGCCUCGCUACACUGUAACCUGCCCAGGCGACAUCCUCUCCUCUCCUCCGAACAAUGCAUCUCUUUUUGGCUGCUCCGCUUUUACAACGUUUGACAACCUUUACACCCCUUUUUCCCAGAAGCCUCAAAUGACUACAGCAGCUGCCAUCCCUGUUACCAGCAACUCCAAUCCACACAAGCACAUUCGGCUGUGCCAUGCUGUUCCUUCAUCUGCCCCUCAUUCUCUUCCUGCACCUGCUGACCUGGCACAAGCUGACCAUUUUCCAGCUUCAGGGGCGCAGGUCCGGGCUCCUGGCAGCACUCAAAACACCACUCCAGUGCUAGGCACCUUUGGUUUCCCUGUCCCUGGUGCAAGGGUGGCAUUGGUUGGUCCUCCAACGGGUUUUUUCAGCAACGGCGGAAAUUGGCAGGCCGGUGGUGCUUCUCCUGUUGGCAUGCAGCUGGGAGGUGAACGUGGUUGCGUUGCUACCUCCAAGUUUGUGGCCAUGAGUCGCUCAACUCUAUGGAUAGCGUCGGUAGCGGUCCUUCUCAUCCUUGCAUGUGCAGUCACGGAGGUCAAUCACGCUUCGAAACCCGUUUCUUCCUCAGAACUUCCCGAAACCGUUGCGAAUUAUCGUCGCAUACUGUCGCCGACGAGUCGUCGCCUGCUGUCGCGCGACGGCGGCGGCUUCAGCGACAGCGAGAUGGAGGCGAUGCACGACAGCAUGUGGCGCUGGCGCAACUCCAUGGACCGCUCGCGCCGCAGGGGCGGAAGAGGCGGCGGCGGCGGAAUGAUGGGUGGAAGAAGCGGCGGCGGAAUGAUGGGCGGAAGGGGCGAGGCGGAAAAAGAAUCCGCGGAAAACGAAGCUGUCCCCGCGGGCGACUGCGGGGGAAACGGUGGCGGGGAGAGUCAGGAGGCACCCCAUUUGGAGCUGAUUCGUCGAAGCAUGCGAGCCGUUGGAUUGAUUGAGGAAGUAUCCGAGGAUUCGACGAGCGCCGGCGCCGCCGCCGCCGCCGCCACAAACGGCGGCAGCAACAGCGUGAUGCACUUCGGAGGAAGGCGGGGAAUGAAUUUUCCUCUCAUGCAUAUGCAUCACGGACGCAUGCACGUGCCAAUGAUGGGUAUGGACAUGGGUAUGGGUAACGUGAAUGUGCACCCAAUGCAAUUUCGGGCGGGUGUCGAAUCUCCCAAGGCUGUUCCCCUGCGCGAUUCGACUCCCUGCUCGUUCUUCUCGUCCAUCUGUGACUUCUUCCGCCGUGUGUUUGGCGCAUCUUCUCCCGCAAUCAAGUUGCCCUCAAACGAGGAUACGACGGUUGGAUCUAGUGCAAUCAGAGCGCAGUAUCCGCGGAGAAUGAUGCACGGCAGAGAAGCGUUGGACACGGCAUCGAUGAGCACUUUUGACGCGUUUAAGAACAGUCUCGUUAACGGCCUUGUGAUGGAAAACGCCCAGGAGCAUGAUAUGAUGGAUGUCCCUGGCAAUGAAAAUGUGAUGCUGUUACCAACUGGAGAUGACAUGGUUGGUAGGCAGAUGGACGACAAGGAGAUGGAGGGCAUGAUGAGGGGGAUGAUGGGGAGGAAUAGGAUGAUGCUAAGAGGUGGAAAUGUGUAG